AUGAAUACCUUCAAAUCCAUGAUGUUGACUUCAUUUUCAUCAUCUUCUUCUUUCUCCUCCUCCGAUGAUGAGUCUGAUGAUGAAUAUAUGGUCACACUUUUAGGGGCUUAUGAGAAGAAUAAUGCUAGUAUGCUUCAGAUUCUUAAGUCAAGUGAUAGCUCAAAGAAAAUAGGAGGUUCUGUUGUAGGCCAUAAGUAUAUGCGCAGAGAUAGAAGGCUGGAUCAUGAGAGAUUGUUUACAGAUUAUUUUGCUGCAAACCCGGUGUAUUCACCUACAAUAUUUCAGAGACAUUUUCGAAUGCGUCGUCCUUUGUAUCUGCGAAUUUUGAAUGCAAUCCAAGCACACAAUUCAUAUUUUGUUCAAAAACAAGAUGCAGCUCAUGUAGUUGGAUUAUCUUCCCUACAAAAAUGA